AUGGAAGAUUGUGUGGAAGACUGUGAAGAGAUUUUUUCCCAAGACGGAGUAUUGCUCAAACAGGCUCCUGCUUCACACAUUACGUUCGUUAACACAAUUGGGACUUUAUAUUUAUCUGAAUCUUUGAAUUCUAACAAAAAGAGAUUUAUUGAAUGGAAACCAAAUGAUAUUACUGUAGAUUCAGACAUCCAGGAUCAAGAGUGGGCUGUAGUAAAUACGAUUCAAAAAAGAACGAGAACUUUGAGUGGAAAUUACCCUGCUGAUUAUCAAAACAGGAUCAAAUGUAUCAAAUUCAAUUUUGAGGAAAUCAAGAGUUUUCGUGUAGCGAAUAAAAGUAGACAAAUAUCUUUCUAUGAUGGAAAAGCAGACUGUCUUUGUAUCUUUGGUUUUCAACACGGCAAUUCAGACACCCUACUAGCUAUAUUAAAGAGGAUGUUGAGAAUUAGUGUGUCAAAAAGAGACAAACAUUUGUACAUAGUUUAUGAUGCCAAUUUUCCAGAAUUUCAGCAGUUAGAUAAGUCAUUUGCUGAGUUAAAUAUCCAAAGGGAUUCGAGGACAUUGUGGAGUGUGUUUAGAAAUCUCAAGGACCAUCCGUAUGAGGCUACUUUUGAAGCUUUCGCUAAAGUUACAGAUUAUGUCUAUAGAAGUCCGGAACAAAGAGACAUAGACGACGUCGAUAAAGAGAAUCUGAAUCGAAGUAUAUCCGAGUAUGAAAACACCACGACACAUUCGCAGGGCGAUUACGAGGUCGUUGCCAAAGUGCCUGAGAGAAAAGACUUUCCCAGACUACGACCUCUGUCUGUGGAACAAUGGAAAGGUCAUUUGAAUUCUGAAGGAAAAAUCGAGGAUGUAGAAUCUGUCAAAACGCUCAUAUUUAGAGGGGGUGUAACUCCUUGUUUGAGAUCUGAAGUAUGGAAAUUCUUGUUGGACUAUUUUCCAUGGUCAAGUACAGAAGCGGAUAGACAAAAAUUGUUGGCGACGAAAAGCGAUGAAUAUUACAACAUGAAAUUGCAGUGGAAGAGGAUGACUAAAGUGCAAGAGGACAAUUUUUCUGAUUACAGAGAAAGGAAGAGUCUCAUCGAGAAAGACGUCAAUAGAACUGAUAGGACUUUAGAUUUCUACGCCGGAGACAACAACGCGAAUCUACAGACUUUGAAUGACAUAUUAAUGACGUACAUCAUGUAUAACUUCGAUUUGGGAUACGUUCAGGGCAUGAGCGAUUUAUUGAGCCCGAUUUUGAUGUUGCUGGAAAGCGAGGUGGACUCGUUUUGGUGUUUCGUCGGUUUCAUGAACAAAGUGAUACGAAACUUCGAUAUCGACCAGGCUGGCAUGAAGGAUCAACUGAGCAACCUGCACACGCUGCUCGCCUUCGUCAAUCCCCAAUUGGCCAACUAUUUGGAUACUCACGAUUCUGGAAACAUGUUCUUCUGCUUUAGAUGGCUGUUGGUAUGGUUCAAGAGAGAGCUGAGCCAAGAAGAUGUGAUGCGUUUCUGGGAAGUACUGUGGACCGGAUAUCCGUGCGAGAAUUUCCAUUUGCUGGUGUGCGUCGCCAUUUUGGAAACCGAAAAGCAGAAUAUCAUACAGAAUAAUUUCGGUUUCACCGAAAUUCUAAAGCAUAUAAACGACUUGAACGGCAAACUGGACAUGGCCGUUAUGCUGAACAAAGCCGAGGGCAUUUUCUAUCAAAUCAAAGAAUCCGAUCAUCUGUCUGACAACGUCAGGCUCAUUCUAGGCAUGCCGCUUUUACAAACCCAAACGUCCUACGGCAGCCACGAGCAAUCGCCCUUCGAAGACAGCACCGAAUUGAGCAACAGCACGCAGCCUUGUUGCUCUGUUGACAACGUCCGGAUCAGCCCUGAUGAGGUAGCUUACGAGAGAUCGAUAAAUUCCAGCUUUUUAUAG